AUGGCAGAUUCAAGUGCCGCAGCAGCUGCGGGGCCAUCCGCCCCACCAACGGAAGGUGUCGCCAACCUCCACCUCGACGAAGCUACCGGCGAAAUGGUUUCCAAGUCUGAGCUUAAGAAGAGACUUAAGCAAAGAGAGAAGGAGGAAGCUAAGCGUAAGAAGGAUCAAGAAAAGAAGGCUAGCGGUGCCGCUGAACCAUCCAAGAAGAAGGCAGGCUUAGUAGACAAGAGUGCUGAAGAGGCCGAAUUAACACCAAACCAAUACUUCGAGCUCCGAUCCCGGACAAUCAAUAACCUUCGAACAACCAAGAACCCGAACCCAUAUCCACACAAGUUCCACGUCAAGGACACAAUUCCAGACUUCCUCUCCAAGAACAACGACCUCAAGCCUGGUGAAGAAAGACCAGAAGUCUCAGUCGCCGUAGCAGGUCGUGUCUACGCCUACCGUUCCUUUGGUGACAAGCUUCGAUUCUAUGAAAUCCGUUCAAACGGUCAUAGAAUCCAAGCUGUUGCAUCUGCCGCACACGCCCAGGGUGCCGAAUUCGCUGCUCAACAUGAAUACCUUCGUCGUGGUGAUAUUGUCGGUAUCGUCGGUUUCCCAGGAUACACAAACCCCAAGGGUGCCAAGGAAGGUGCUGCCGGUGAACUUUCAAUCUUCGUCCGAGAGAUCACCCUCCUAUCGCCAUCUCUACACAUGCUUCCAACCGAACACUUCGGCCUUAAGGACCAAGAAACUCGUUACCGUCAAAGAUAUCUCGACUUGAUCAUGAACCAACGUACUCGUGAAACCUUCGUCACCCGAUCCAAGAUGGUCAGCUACAUCCGCAGGUACUUCGACGAGCGUGAGUUCGUCGAAGUCGAAACCCCAAUGAUGAACGCCAUUGCCGGUGGUGCCACCGCAAAGCCCUUCAUCACCCAUCACAACGAACUAGAUAUGAACCUAUUCAUGCGUGUUGCUCCAGAAUUAUACCUCAAGAUGUUGGUAGUCGGUGGUUUGGAAAGAGUAUACGAAAUCGGAAGACAAUUCAGAAACGAAGGUAUCGAUCUAACACACAACCCUGAAUUCACAACAUGUGAGUUCUAUAUGGCAUACGCCGAUGUCAACGAUGUUAUGGAUAUGACCGAAGAACUUGUUUCUGGACUCGUCAAGUACGUCACUGGUGGACACCAAACCAAGUUCCAUACCCAAUCCGGAGAGGUCUAUGAAGUCAACUGGGAGAAGCCGUGGCGAAGAGUCGAUAUGAUGACCGAACUCGAAACGGCUACCGGCAAGAAGUUCCCCCCUGGCGAUCAACUACAUACCAUGGAAACCAACGAGUUCCUUAGGAACUUGCUCAAGGAACUCAAGAUCGAAUGUACCCCACCUCUCACCAAUGCCAGAAUGUUGGACAAGCUCGUCGGAGAAUUCAUUGAAGAAACCUGCAUCAACCCCACUUUCAUCACAGGACACCCACAGAUGAUGUCACCUCUCGCCAAGUAUCACAGAUCGAGACCAGGUCUUUGUGAAAGAUUUGAGGCUUUCGUUUGUAAGAAGGAGAUCGUUAACGCUUAUACCGAGUUGAACGAUCCUUUCGAUCAGAGAUUGAGGUUCGAAGAGCAGGCUAGUCAGAAGGCACAGGGUGAUGAUGAGGCACAGUUGAUCGAUGAGAACUUCUGCACAAGUUUGGAGUAUGGUUUGCCACCUACUGGUGGAUGGGGUAUGGGUAUUGAUCGUAUGGUUAUGUUUUUGACCGAUCAUUACAGUAUCAAGGAGGUCUUGGCUUUCCCAUUCAUGAAGGACGAUGGACAGGACAAGAAGUUCGCAUCCGAGGUUGUGGGUAUCAAGCCACAGGAAGCCGAUGCUACCGGAGAGCUUCAGGCUCCUGGGAAGUAA